CCGGAUUGACUUCGACGCGAAUGCUUGUUUUCGGGUCCGGUAGGUAUUUCUCGGGUCGUGUGCAGGAAUUGCGGGCGCUCACCACGCCUGCCCUAUCAUGAGGAGAUGGAUCUUCAAAUGUUCUACUCAUCUUCGGCUCAUCGUUCGCAGCUCUGCGACGAUGUCAACCGCCAUGGCACGGACGUACGCUGAUGCCGUGACGUCGCUGAACACUCUUCAGUCCAAUUUUGCAAUUGUGGAUGCGGUCCGCAAGUCUGGAGGCAGGCUGAAUGAGCUGUCCAUUCCUGAGAUGAUUGAAUGGUGCCGCAAGAUUGGAUACAAACCUUCGGAUUUCAAUGCGUUAAAGGUUAUACACAUAGCUGGAACCAAGGGCAAAGGGUCGACUGCAGCCUUCACCUCAUCGAUCCUAACACAGUUCGUCGGAGGCAAGGGAGCUAAGUCGUUGUCAAAAGUUGGCUUGUACACAUCUCCACAUCUUCGAUUUGUUCGGGAACGCAUACAGAUCAAUGGAGAACCUCUGUCGGAGAGCCAAUUCGCCCAGUAUUUCUUCGAGGUCUGGGAUAGGCUGGAAUAUGUCGCGAAAGAAGCAGGACAAGACCCCUACUCUCCGGGAUCGAAACCUGUCUAUUUCAGAUUCCUCACCUUGAUGGCCUUCCAUGCCUAUAUGAGGGAGAAGGUAGACGUUGCUGUGAUUGAGUGUGGCAUCGGUGGUGCCUAUGACAGUACAAAUGUCUUUGAAGCCCCGGCCGUCACUUGCAUCACAAGCCUCGGUAUUGACCAUGUCGGCAUGCUCGGUUCCACAAUCGGCGAGAUUGCCUGGCACAAAUCGGGAAUCAUGAAGAGCGGCGUCAAGUGUUUCACCCCAAGCACUCAGACCGCGGAGGCGAAAGCAGUGAUGGAGCGGGUUGCCCAUGAAAAAGGGAGCGAGCUCCAGUAUGUGGACGUGGAUCCAGCUGUAGCCAACGGCGAGAUCAAGCUCGGACUCCAAGCGGACUUCCAAAAGAUGAAUGCUAGUCUUGCCGUCGCUCUAGCAAAAACUUGGCUGGAUCAACAAGGUUACACUGACGACGUCGACUACAAGCAAAAGUUUGCGCGCGGUCUGGAAACUGUUCGGUGGCCAGGCAGAUGUGAGACACGCUUUGAGCCAGGAGUCAAAUGGUGCAUUGAUGGCGGUCACACCCUCGAAAGCCUUGAGCUGGCAGGAAAGUGGUUUGCUUCUCAACUUAUGACCAAGAAGGACUCUUCAGGUCCCCUUCACCCUCAACCCCGUUUCUUGAUCUUCAAUCAACAAACACGCGACGCUGCUUCGCUGGCGACGGCACUAUUCAACACGUUGUCGGCGGCACUUAAUGAACCCCAUCCAUUCACCCAUGCUAUUUUCUGCACGAACACGACAUUCAAGGACACAGGCUUCAAACCCGAUCUCAUCUCGGUGAAUGUCAAUGCCUCAGAUGUUGACUCGCUGAAGGUCCAGAAUAAUCUCGCUGAAACAUGGAGAGGCAUUGAUUCCUCGACUCAGGUCCAAGUGGUGAGAACAAUCGAAGAAGCAGUCAGUAUCGUCCGCAACUUUACGAAUGCUCACCGCCAGAAAACUGCCGGAACAGACGAUGGGAAAGAAGUGGCGGCCCUGGUCACGGGCAGCCUGCACCUCGUUGGGGGCUUCUUGGAGGUUUUGGAGAGUACCAAAACUUCGGAGUAAAAUGGGAUGGAGUCAAGCUCAUCAACUGAUGCGAUGCUCUAAUGAGUUCAAUAGAUAAAAGUGCAAGGACGGCCUCACCACCAGCGAAUCUGCAAGAUAGAAAUGAUACCCAUGUAUGUGUAUAAACAAUAUGUCUCACAAUCAUCAAGCGAAAAAGGUAUCCGCAAUGGAGGAAAACGUCGCUCUCUCCUCGCCAAACGCCAAUUACAAGCAGGAGCGCAAGAGGCUACCUUUUUCCUGUACAUUGCUCAUAACCGCGAUACUUUCCAAG